CUGUCAUCCUUGCCUAAGUCAGGCUGAGUCUUGUAGAUGUAGGCCUCCUGGUCCACGUAUUCUAUUUAAAAGGCUCGUAACUCCUGAGAAUUUCCACCUUACAAGUUAUAACAAUUCGGAUAUAUCACCAUUUUGAAAAAAAAAAAAAAUAGGAAACGAAAUAAAUUUCUUUAUAAUCUAGAAACGUGAUCGAGCCGAAAAGCAUCAUGUCGCAAGUCGAGGGGUCUCACAGGAAGCGGUGCGAGUGUGCACUGGUCUUUGAUGAUGUGCAAUCGUUAGGAAUUCACAUUCAGGAGACAGGCCAUAUGGAAGGAAAAUGGUGUACGCAAUGUUCCAGGCCAUUUGUUACGAGAGGCGCACUUGCACAGCAUAAAAAGAAGAACUCUAAACACAAGAGCAACGCGACUUCCGCUCCGACUGCGACUGCGACUGCGACUACCACAACUACAAGUACAACUGCAACUGCAACCAGGACUGCCACCGUCGCCGCUGCUCCUGCUGCUGCGUCUAAAACAAAUGCUUACGUCAAAAAGCCUCGGAUAGAUAAGCCUAGCGUUGUUGCAAGCAAUUCCGCAGGCAAGUCCACAAGCGAGUCUGCAGCAGUUACGACCAAGCCUCCCCAUACGUCGCAAAGCGUUAAAGGAGUUAAAGGAAAGAAGACUCCCAAGGGUCCAAAAGUCGUCAUCCCGAAUGGAAGCCAAGCGAUGCAGAGCCCAAAUAUGGCUACCUCUGCCCCCCCGAAGCUUGCUUCAACUAUGUCAUCGGAUCCUGUCACGAGCAAAUAUCCAUGGUCCUCUGGGAAGCAAGCCACGGGUUUGAUAAACUCGUUAACACCCUCUUGUCACAGCCAAGCGUGCUUGACAUCCGAGAAUUAUUACACGGGUGCUUCAGGUACUGGGAAGAAAUGGAAGCAUAUCAGCAUCAGAAGCUUUCUUUCCACCCCCGCAAAAAUUCAAGGCGUCUCAAGACGUAAAGCUCUCGUCGUCGACUGUGAGAUGGUUGGAAUAUCGGGAGGGAGAAGCGAGCUUGCAUACAUUUGCAUCGUCGACCUUUUCACCAGGGAAGUCCUCGUAAAUUCCCUUGUACUUCCCACCGAACUCGUUAGAGACUGGCGCACGAAGUACAGCGGCAUAACGCCGGCCAUGAUGGCUCACGCUAGGGCUAACAACACCGCUCUGAAUGGAUGGCCGACAGCAAGGGCAAAGCUGUUUGAGCUUGCUGAUACGAAUACGAUACUCAUAGGACAUUCGCUCAACAAUGACCUAGAGGCUAUGCAUGUCACCCACCCGAAGGUUGUCGAUUCGGCUAUCCUAGCUGCGGAAGCCGUUUUUGGAAAGGGCAACAGGUUGGGGCGCAGAUGGGGCCUAAAAGUGCUGUGCGAGGAACUUUUAGGUAUCAAGAUACAGUCGUCUAAAAGCGGUCACGACUGCUUGGAAGACACGCUCGCGUCUCGGGAGAUUGUCCUGUGGUGUCUUAAAGAGCGUGAGAAACUAGCAACCUGGGCCAAGGAUGCCUUAGCCAAAUACGAGAUUGAGAAGGAAAAGAGAGAAGAACGCGAAAGGGCCAAGGCACAGGAGAUGGCACUGAAGAAGCAGAAGGAGAGAGAGAAGGAGAGAGAGAAGGAGAGAGAGAAGGAGAAAGAUAUUGAGGAAAUGGAAGCUGAUCGUGACUAUCGGGGCCGUAAUCGUCAAUAUGACGACAGCUUGGUAAUGCCAUGGGAAGAAUAUCUCGAGGCUUGCAACUAUGAUCCCGGGUAUGAUCCCAUGUUUUGGUCUGACUAGAGGAGAUUGGAGGACAAGAAUGGUGGACCGCUGACAAUCCACCAUUUCUCAUCAAAGAGAGAACGUUCUCUAGGUUAGGGUUGUUAGCGCAAGGUCGUGUAUCUAGUCUGAGCUUGACUUGCAAUGUGUUUUCGCCAACAGAAUGCGAAACGUACCUUAGGUUAGGUACCUA